CUCCGCGCCCUCCUCCCUGCCCGCGGGGCACGGGAGCCGGUGACGGGAGCGAGGCGGAGUCUAGAGGGAAGAUACCGAGAGAUAGAGAUUUAAAUCACAUCCCCGGCUGUAGAAGGGCAGCAGCAGCAGCAGCCCCGGCGCAGAGGCACGGACGCAAGCACCGAGGACAGGUCUGCCGGCUCCGCCGCUGCUGCUGCUGCUCGCCAUGGGUGCCGCCGCCGCCGAGCCCCCCCGCGCCGCGGGCCUGGUGUCCAGCGUGCUGAACGACACGCUCGAGUUCUACCGCUGGACCUGGAGCAUCCGAGACAAACGUGUCGAUGAUUGGCCCUUGAUGCAGUCUCCAUUUCCAACACUGACUAUAAGCACUAUUUAUCUCCUCACUGUUUGGCUGGGCCCCAAAUGGAUGAAGACAAGAGAGCCCUUCCAGUUACGUUUCCUGUUGGUUGUUUACAACUUUGGAAUGGUUCUACUCAACUUCUUCAUUUUCAAAGAGCUGUUUUUAUCAUCAAGAGCUCGGGGGUACAGCUAUGUCUGCCAGACUGUGGAUUAUUCAGAUAAUGUUUACGAAGUUAGGAUAGCUGCUGCUUUAUGGUGGUAUUAUGUCUCGAAAGGAAUUGAAUACCUAGAUACAGUGUUCUUCAUCCUGAGGAAGAAAUUCAACCAAAUUAGUUUUCUUCAUGUCUAUCACCAUUUCACCAUGUUCACUUUGUGGUGGAUUGGUAUUAAGUGGGUUGCAGGUGGACAAGCUUUUUUUGGAGCUCAGAUGAAUUCAUUUAUUCAUGUUAUUAUGUACAUGUAUUACGGAUUAGCUGCCUGUGGCCCUAAAGUUCAGAAAUAUCUGUGGUGGAAACGGUACUUGACUAUAUUGCAGUUGGUGCAGUUCCAUGUGACUAUUGGCCACACAGCAUUGUCUAUUUAUAUUGAUUGUCCUUUUCCUAAAUGGAUGCACUGGGGUGUAAUUUUCUAUGCUAUCACCUUCAUUUUCUUGUUUGGUAACUUCUACUAUCGGACAUAUAAGCUGCCCAAGGAACCUGUAAAGAAUGGCAAAAUAGCAAAUGGUGCUGUUGCAAAUGGAGUAAGCAAACCAGAAAAUAAUCCAGUGGUGGAAAAUGGAAAAAAGCAGAAAAAGGGAAAAGCAAAAGGAGAGUAACUUGAUCCUGGCCUUAACCAUUGUUGGCUGUGAGGAACCUACAGUUUGGUUUAUAAAAGGAAGAAAAAAACACUAUCUGUACCAAUUAACCUUAGGUUAUUGAAGAGCUAGAACACAGAUAUUUUCAUUAUUUAUGAAGAUUGUUUUAAGAACAAAACUUAAAGUUGAAUUUCUAUUGUAAUUAUGUAAUUAUCAUGCAUAUGAUCUCUGUGUAAACUUGUAGACUGCUGGUGUUGGUGAAUGUAAGGAAGAAUUGCAGUUAAUUCUAUGUUUAGCAGUCCAAAAGUUAAAACUACCAUUGAUGCAACCAGCUUUGUUGGCACCCACAUUUCUCUGGGGAAGGGAGGGGGGAAGGAAGUAGCGUUUGAAUACUUGUGUUUUCUUUCCAGAAAUUUAUUAAAUUUCAAUUUACAAUGUAUUAUCUAACCAGAACGCGCAACUUUUCUUGUCCUCCUUGAAGAGUAUCUUCAGAAACAUCAUGUUUAUGUAUUGUCAGAACAGUGUUUGACUUUUCAGAAAUUACUUGAUUUAAUUUAGUGUCUGUUACAGGUUUAUUUUGGUUGUUUUUUUUGGUUUUUUUUUUAAUUUGAUUUUUUUUUUUUAUUUUGUUUUUGUUUUUUCCUUGUGUGGAAAUAUACCUACCUCUUCAUCUGCUGAAAAGAAUAUUGAGCAUUAAAUAACUGAUUUCUGAAAUACAGAGUCUUCUAAUAUAAAUAUCCAUUAACAUAAUUGAGGAGGAAGUUUUUCCUUCGGAGUAAAAGAGAUUUUAUUUCCAGGUAUUUUGGGUCAAAUCAUCAAUAUUUUCAUUUAAUGUGAACUCAAGUUUUGGAGUGGUGUGCUUGGCAUGGCUAAGUGAAGAAAACAUUUUAAGAAUUUAUAAAUAUGAGACGGUCAUUGUGUGAAGCAAGCAAUUUAAACAGGCCUGUGGCUUUGUUAUCUGUGACCUACAUUAACCCUGUGGUGCUGACUGACAUUGAAACUUGUAAGAUAACAUUAUGAUGGAGAGAAAACAACAUUGACGUCUGUUCAAAAGUACAGUGUGUAGUGUCAUGCUAACAACAGGACAGGUACUUUACUGGGGGAAAGAGAAUUUAAUUAUAAAGUUCCAAAUACAGCAAACACAAUGCUGAAAAUGCUGCUACUGUUGGAUGCCCAUCGAUACUCAAUUGAUGAUUUGCCUGCUAGACACUUGCAGGCAAAAUAUUGCUGGCAGUCAGGCCACCAUUUUAAUGUGAAUAUCAGAGUUGGGCUUCUGAAAAUCUGGUCCCUAAAUAUUCUUGGUUCUUCUCAACCUGAUUGACAAAGUGAUUCUGCUAAUCAGAUUUUAGUCAUAACUGCUACUACAAGCCUCUUUUAGUAGCUUUUCUUCUUACUUGAUGCAUUAAUGGACUUCUUCCUACUCCUUUUGUGAAGUAAACAUGGAUACGAGUUAAUUCCCUUCCACACAAAAUGAAAAUUUUGACAGAGUUUUUGUGUUGCUGCAGAUGUGGUGAGUAUAAUGCAAGUGGAGUUAGAAACCACAUGCUGAACUCUCAGGGUCCUUAUUCAUCACUGCAGGAGCUGCACUGUUGCUGUUGAAAUGCGCUUUGCCCAGCUCUGUCCAGAAACACUCAUUGUCAGUGAUGAACUUACAUGGAGGAAGUGGUGACGUUAUUGAGGGACAGAAGAACACACAGCUCUAGGUAUAGAGAGUUACACAUGUGGCACACAUUUAUGCAUCUCGAAUACCCAUUUUGUCUGUUGUGACCUAUUUUGCACAAUAUGGACGUUUUUUCUGUCCUGGGUUUGUAGCUUGUCACUUUGAUGAAAACUAUCUAAGCCUAAAAAAUGGGUUGUAGGAAAAAAAGGGCUGGUUAUGAUCUGUUCUACUGGGAAAUAAUUCCUGGUGCUGGAGUUCAUUCGACUGCCAGAGUGGUUCGUCAGUAAUAUCCACUGCUGUGGACUUUAUGGCAGAAUAUAGGAUUCGGAGAGAAUGCUCUGCUGAGCUGUAACGUGACCAUUUGUUUUCCUACGUGUUAUGUCUCAUGAUUUUUCUUCCAGCCUUUGUAAUGAUGCUUUUAUUUUAUAUAUUUUUUUUUCAUUUCUAUGAUUCUUAUGCAUUUAUGCAAUAUGGCAUGAGGAAGAGGGAACAUGCUCUAUUCUUCUUUCUUGCACAGAUGCCACUACAAGCCAAAAAGCUGGCUGGCUCUGGAAUGGCUAACGGAGCAAAUAACUACAAAGCAAGUUGGACAGCAGAUUUACAGCACACCUGCCAUUCCAGGUUAAUGGCUGGUGUGGGUACUCUCACCCUAGUGUUAAUUCCAGGUAGCUUACUCCACUUUGAUAAAGAGUAGCUUCUUUCUGUUUGAUAUGGGAUGUGGGCAGCUAACCAUUAAGUUUGUAUCAUUCCUUGUCUUGUAUUAAAUUGGUUGUUUACUUUGUCUUUCUUUCUGUAAGCCAGAUUGGAUAACCUGAUAGGUUUAAUGUGAUCUGGCUCCAAAAAGAGCAUACCGAGAAAUAUUGUAGUACAAGUUUGACUACAUUUGCUACACUUCAUAAAGUAAGAAUUGUGUCUUGCAUGUUGGCAAAUACUUAAAAGAGUUGAAAGUCGAAUCCUCUCUUCCCCUCAGCGCACAUGGAAUCCUGCCCUCAAAUUCUGGGUUGUUUGAUACAAAAAAAAAAAAAAAGAGAGAGACAGACAAUGCUUUGGGAGAAUGCAUGCAUAGAUGCACAUCAUGUCUGGACACGUGAAUAAAACCAGCUUGAGAGAUUGGCAGUUCUAUGAGGAAAAAAAAUCACACUGAGUUUCUGCAAUGCUGCUGUUUUGAGUCCUUCUCCUGCUACACUGUUUCUGACUAUGCAGAUUUCUCUUUCUCAAGAUUUGUAUAUGUGAGAUACUGCCAGUUCUGCUGAAGUCAUCACUUAGUCCAAGGCUCCACAGAAUUUUGCCACAAAAGUAUGUGUAUGUGUAAAAAUGUUUCUGCUGUACACAGAAUUAAAAUUGAAAUUAUAAUUAUUUGCUAACAGUUUCAAAACUCUUGGACCAACCAUACAAUUAUUUGAUGCCAUAUAAGUGAUACCAAUUGACUUAUCCUCAUCUCUAGUGGUGACAGUUGUUGGAUUCUUUUAGCACUUUGCACAGUGUACAAAAAUAAAACAAAUUCUGCGUGUAUACACAUACACACACAUAUAGUAUGUGUGCAUACAUGUGUGUAUCUAUGUAUGUAUACAUGAGUUCUUAGCAGGUUCUUUCAGAGUGUGAAGUAAAUUAUAUUUCUUUGGCGUGAGGUUGGCAGGAACUAAUAGCAUAGUUCCUACAACUCAAGCACUUAAAUGAAGCAAUUUUCAUUGAUCUAUAGAUCCAAUAUCAGUCUUAUAUACAUGGAUAGUAUUUGUCAGUCAUUUUAGAUGUAGAGUGGUGGACAAGCCAGAGCUGUUUCUCCCAGCGUAAUAAAUUGAGGUAGCAAUUCCUCAGAGGAGCUGAGGAAUGAUGCUGUCUUCUAGUGGGAAGCAGUGUGAGUAAUCUGCUCCAGGUAAGUCUCUGAAGUCAUUGCAAUCACAUACUUUAAGAGAACCCUUAAUAAAUAAAUAAAAGUUUAUCUACAGAUUCAAAAGCAUGGGCUAUUUGAGUAUAUGACCAUUACCAGAUCAAGAGGAAAAGAUGAAGGCAAAAUAAAAAUACUGCACAUUUUUGGGGGGUUAAUCUUGUUUCUCUAGAGUAAGCAUUUGACAUCCAGAUGUGGGGGAGACAGGUAAGAAAAGAGUAAAAAACUGCUGUGCUCAAAGAACUCCCUCUUAAAAAUGUUUUUGAGCACACUUGCUGUCCUUUAAAAACUUGAGAAAAAUUGUUCAUGGUACAUAAAAUUAAGCCUCACAUCACGUUAGCAUGGUAUCAGUCAUCAUGUGUAAGCAGUACUUGGAUCAGUUUCACUUGAAAUUGAAGAGAAUGGGGAGGUCAUGAAGAAUCUGGAUAGUUCACUCUGCUUGAAGCACGGGUUAUGAUAUUUUGGCACUUGGAGCAAGUCACCACCAUGACAUUCAGUGUGUUGUGCUCUGACAGGUCUCCCUUUUGCUAGUGUAAGCAGUCGGAGCUCUGGAAAUCAGGGUGGCUCCUGUUUACAUCACCAGAGUGUGUUUAACCCUAAAGAACAGAAAAAAAAAAUACUUGCUUUCUGCCAAUAUCCCAUGAGGAUGAGGGAAAUAUAUGGGUCAGAAUGCUGCUUUUGCAUAAGGUGUUAAUGCUUUUGUAAACAAGAAAAAUAAACAUUACUUUUUUUUU